AUGCAUCCGAACACCUUCAGGCGGGAAGAUACCAAGUUUAGGGCCUUAAAGCAUGAUUCAAAGGGCGUAUAUGCCACACUCCCACCGUCCCUGGAGGUUACACGCUACCAUUCGCUGGCAGGAGUGCAGCCAACCAUCCCCGACUGCCUUGAAGUCUCUUCGUGGACCGAAUUCGAGAACGAGAGCGAUCGGAAAAUUAUAAUGGGGGUUAGACACAAAGAGUAUACUGUGGAAGGUGUUCAAUUCCACCCGGAGAGCAUAUUGUCUGAGAAUGGACGGACCAUGUUUAGAAACUUCCUGAAUUUGCGUGGCGGUACCUGGAAAGAAAACGGCGGUCCUCGUUCUCAGCUAAGUGAGGAUCCAACAGCUCUGAGGGACGGAAAAUUAACGGGGAAGAAAACGAUUUUAGAUACAAUUUACGAAUACCGGAAAAUUGCUGUUAAUCAUCAAAUGUUGACUCCUUCCCAAAGACCGGAAGACCUACAAGCCGCGUAUGACCUUGGGAUAUCUCCGCCACAAAUAUCAUUUCCGGACCGGCUGAGACAGACCCCCUUUUCGUUGUCACUGAUGGCAGAGAUAAAGAGGGCUUCCCCAUCGAAGGGCCUCAUUUCGUUGUCCACCUGUGCUCCUGCUCAAGCACGAAAAUAUGCUAUGGUUGGAGCUAGCGUCAUAUCGGUCCUUACUGAGCCGGAAUGGUUUAAAGGAAGCAUUGAGGACCUACGGGCCGUUCGCCAAAGCCUUGAGGGCCUCCCAAACAGACCGGCUGUACUGCGAAAAGAAUUUAUUUUCAAUGAGUACCAAAUUCUGGAGGCUCGACUGGCUGGUGCAGAUACUGUUUUACUUAUCGUGAAGAUGCUCGACAAUGAUCUUCUCUGGCGGCUUUACCGAUAUUCUCAGCAACUGGGCAUGGAGCCUCUGGUCGAAGUAAAUACGGCCGAAGAAAUGAAGAUAGCAGUUAGCCUUGGUGCGCAAGUUAUCGGUGUCAAUAACCGUGAUCUGAGAAGCUUUGAGGUUGACCUGGGUACCACGAGUCGGUUAAUGGAUCUGGUGCCAGCUUCAACAAUCGUGUGUGCUCUGAGUGGUAUAUCAGGACCAAACGAUGUCAACGCGUAUCGUACCGAAGGCGUCAAGGCAAUCCUUGUUGGGGAAGCAUUGAUGCGUGCUGAAAACACAAAUCUCUUUGUCUCUCAGCUUUUAGGGGGUGGGGAGCGUGUAGUUGCGUCGAUUCCCAAACGACCGCUACUUGUCAAAAUAUGUGGAACUCGAACACCUGCGGCCGCGCGCACAGCGAUUGAAUCUGGAGCUGAUCUGAUUGGCAUCAUAUUAGCGAAGGGACGCACUAGAACAGUUUCGGAUAUCACUGCACUGGAGAUAUCUAAAGUGGUUAAAUCAACUCCACGCCCAGCAUCCUCAGUAAUUGGAAUACAGAAAUGCGUUGGCGAUUCUUCCGGUGUUAACUAUUUUGACUAUUCGUCCCAAUUCCUCUGCCACUCUGAACGUGCCUUGCUAGUGGGCGUGUUUCUGAAUCAACCAUUAUCAUAUAUUAUAUCUCAACAACAAAGACUUGGCCUUGACGUCGUUCAACUCCAUGGGUCGGAACCGAUAGAGUGGGCGAAUUUAAUUCCUGUUCCGGUAAUAAAGAAGUUUUCCCCCGGGGAGCCAGGGCUAUCAAGACAUGCCUGCCAUACUCUUUCCCUCUUAGAUUCCGGCGCUGGUGGCUCGGGUGAGAAACUCGACAUCUCAUCUGUACAAAACUCCCUUGGAAAAAGUGAUGAUAUCCGGGUGAUGCUUGCAGGUGGAUUAGAUCACUUGAAUAUUACCGACACACUUCAGCAGCUAGGCCGAUAUAGUGAAAAAGUGGUGGGAGUUGAUGUUAGCAGUGGAGUGGAGUCGGACGGAUCACAGGACUUGAAAAAGAUACAGGCAUUUGUAACGGCUGCUAAAAGUUUUAGAACUUGA